CCUGGCCGCGCUUCUCCUUCCUCCCCGCACUGGGAUUUACUACGGCGUCUGGCUGAAGCCAAGCGGAGCGCUCGCGACAUCUGGACCGGCAGACAUUCCCGCGUGCGUCCCGUGUGUGUCUGCGCGCGGAGAGCUUUGUAUUUGUGUCCCGCGUGAACCGGAGCCUCCAUCCAUCAUGAAGAGCAGCUCUCACGUCCUGCCUCUUGGCGUGCUCACGGCCCUGCUGCUGUCUCAGGUCUGCUCGGGCAUCAAAUGGCUAACGCUGUCUCAAACGACUUCUUACAUCAACCAGACCCAGCACUGUAAGCGGCUGUCGGGCCUGGUGUCGUCGCAGGUUCAGCUGUGCCGUAGUAACCUGGAGCUCAUGCAGACCAUCGUCCAAGCGGCCCGAGAAGUCAAGAAGACAUGCCAGAAGACUUUUGCUGACAUGCGCUGGAACUGCUCCUCCAUCGAGAUCGCCGCAGACGCCCAAAAGUAUCCGCCAGACCUCGACAGAGGAACGAGGGAGGCUGCUUUUGUGUACGCCUUGUCUGCAGCAACCAUCAGCCACACCAUAGCGCGGGCGUGCACUUCCGGAGACUUGCGCCUCUGUACGUGCGGUCCUAUCCCUGCGGAGAUCCCCGAGCCUGGCUACCGCUGGGGGGGCUGUGCAGACAACCUGCAUUAUGGUUUGAUGACGGGCUCCAAGUUCUCCGAUGCUCCCAUGAAGAUGAAGCGAUCGGGUUCCCAUGCCAACAAGCUGAUGCAUCUACACAACAGUGAAGUUGGGAGACAGGUACUGAGAGAGUCGAUGGUGAUGAAGUGUAAGUGCCAUGGUGUAUCUGGAUCCUGCUCCAUAAGGACUUGCUGGAGAGGACUCCAAGAUCUCAGGGAAAUUGCCAUGGACCUUAAGACCAAGUACCUGUCUGCCACCAAGGUGAUUCAUCGGCCCAUGGGGACUCGCAAGCAGCUGGUACCUAAAGACAUUGACAUCAGGCCGGCAGUGCAACAAAACCUCCAUGGGCAGCGACAGUUGCGACCUGAUGUGCUGCGGACGCGGCUACAACCCCUACACCGAGAAGCUGGUUGAGCGCUGCCACUGCAAAUACCACUGGUGCUGCUACGUAACCUGCAAAAAAUGCGAGCGGAUCGUGGAGAGAUACGUUUGCAAAUAGGUCUGUGCUCCUCCUGUGCUCCAGAUUAACCAAAGCACUACAUUACCAAGAAGGCUUACUUUUGUCUUAAGCUUUUUGUAUCUCCACAACAAAAGGUCCGCUCCCGUGCAUCUUUUAUUUUAUCUUAUCUCUAAACCUUGAGGUGUUUCAUUGCACAAACCUGGACAUGCUAAAGUAGCUCCAGUGCACAUGUUCAUACAGAUGCUACAUACAUUUCUGUCGUUUACCGAAAACAGUUUGAGGUUUUCUGCUGGAGGAAGUUCUGCUCCCUUUGUUUAAAAGAUGGUUCUUAUAGAUCAAACAUAUUUAAAGGUACUACCAAUACUUUCCUUUCCCUCUGGCGAUGGACGAUAGAGGACAGAAUACUAUAAAGGGACCCUCACCUGCCCUCCAGUCCUGGAGGAUUACGCUGGGUUCACACUGGACGUGGAAGCACCGCGGGAGAUGAAUUCGCGCAUCAUCCGCGCUCUCCUCAAUUCACACCAGACGCGGAUUUUUCCGCGACGGAAACAGGCGCUUAUGCUAGAGCUUUUUUCAGUUUUUGCCAUCAUGGGUAAGUGAAUAACCUAAAAAUAUGACCCCAUGUCUCUGCAAAGAAGGCCUACACUUCUUUAAUGUAUCUGUUGUUGAGACACACA